GUGCCAGUAUCCGGGCCAAGUUUCUCGCCUACAGAAGCUUACAUCUGGGGCAUGGCAACUAGCCGGUGACUCUUCCAAAGGACUUUAAUUUCUCAGCCACUGGCCCUGUCUCUAUUAAAACGCAGCGCUUUCGCUAAUCUUUGAACUGUGUUUCUGGCGGGGGCAGGCUGGGUUGCUGUGCUUGGCAGGCUUUUCCGUGGCGGAAGAGGCGGGAGGAAAGGGUCUUUCUCCACCCCCCUGAUACGUCUUCCCUUCCCCUCCCCACCUCCCGCAGGCCUCCCUGAAUUCCUGAAGACGCUGCUGGGAGGGGACUGAAGCUUCCCCGCCUUGAUGGGGGCGGGGGCGGCUGGAGGGGGUUAUUCUGGCUCUCGAGGCUGUGCUCUUUCCACCCUGGAGCCCACUCUGGACCCCAUUGUUUAGGGAAAGGGAGAAAUUAAGGGUGGUCGGGUUGGAGCUGGGGACGAGGCGUGGUUGGGUGUGGGCUGGAGCUGGAACGUCCGGGCGUGAGUUUAGACCUCCCGACACAAAGUAUGGAGCAGGCGGUUGGUUCCGUGAGGGGAGUGGUUAGGGCUCCUGGGCGAGGCCAGAAUCCGGGUGGGUGGAGUUAGAACGUGCGAAGUGUUAGGAAAAGGGGUGGGGCUACGAGGCCGGUUUUUGGGAGCUCCUAACACUUUGGGGGCAGUCACCAGCGGAGGGCGUAGUUAGAAUUCGGUGCUGAAACAAGUGGCGUAAGGAAGAGGAAAGGGGAGAAUCGGGUGGAGCCUGGACUACAGAGAAGAGGGCGGAAUCGAAUGCUGGAGUAUAGUCUGAUUCGGAGAAAAGCAAGUUGGGACUGGGGCGGGACUUGAGAGGCCUGAGCCUGCAAGGAGGCGGGGCUUGGGGGCGUGGCUAGAUGCCUGGAAGAAGACAAGUCCCGAGAAGGGGCAGGGCGCGGGGCGGAGGCCCCAAAAAGAGGAGGGAGGGGCUAGGCGGUGGGGCGAGCUCACAUUUAAGAGGCGUGGGUAUAACUCAGAAGUCUGGUAGUAGUCGGCUGGGCCAGGACCUGCAUUUAAGAUAAAACCAGGUAUUGCAAGCCUGGGGGCGGGGUCAGAGCGCUGUGGUUAAGUUUUAGCUUGAUAAUGGUUGGCUGGAGGCUAAGGAGGGGCGGGCCUAGGACGCUAAGGAAGCCCGCCCGUGCGGGGGCGUGACCACACUGGCGGGGGCGCGGUUGGACCAGGGAGAUUUAGAGCGCGGAGGCGGUCCUCCGGGGGCGGGGCCUAGGUCGCGGGGGUGGGCCUUGUGCGGGCCUCCGCGCGGGGCGGAGUGGGUUGCGGGGAUGCGGGGCACGAGCUGCGUGGGCGGCGGCGAGAGCCCGGGUGGAGCCGGGCUGAGCGAGGGCCCGCGGGGUCGCUGGCUGCGCCUGGCCCCGGUCUGCGCCUACUUCCUCUGCGUCUCAUUGGCCGCUGUAUUGCUCGCCGUCUACUACGGUCUCAUCUGGGUUCCCACGCGGCCCCCCGCGGCCCCGGUCGGCCCACCGCCCAGUGCGCCGUCCCCUCCGUGCGCUGCCCGCCCGGGCGCCCCGCCUGCCCCAGCACCCGCCGCUGCUUCGGUCUCCUGCCUCUUGGGAGCCCCCGGCGGGCCGCGACCCCAGCUCCAGCUGCCGCACAGCCGCCGCCGCCGCCGCCACAGCGACCCGAGCCGCCAGACUCCUGAAGAGACGCCGGAGGCCGCGAGGGAGCGAGGGCUCGGGUAAUCAUCUCAUCUACCUUAAGCUGGACUGUCGGCCCUCGAGAGCCGGGCGCCCGCGCCGUGGAUUCGCCGCUCCCAGUUGGGCCUGGACUCCGUCUUCAUGAAAUCGCCUAGCGUCUCUGGAACCGUCAUUCUGAAGAAUGGGGGCAGUGGCGGGGAGGAGGAGAAGGGGAGCUGUCUUGGGGCCUCGCCCUUCGCAGCUCCUCCGCUGUCUGGCCCGGUCCUCCACCAUCUGCCUGGCAGAGCACGUCUUGACCUCUUUUCCUGACCCUCCCUCCGUAGGAUUCUGAGCACACAGCCCACAUCCCGUUCCCCCUCUCUGAAUCUCUGUGUCCAUACGUCCACCUGCAAUAAACUCCAGUCCCAACUGC